AUGCUGGGAGAUUUCAUUACAAGAAUCAUAAUAUUGCUUGUAGGUUACGCAUACCCAGCAUAUGGAUGCUACAAAAGCGUUGAAAAGAAAAAGCUUGAGAUUCAAGAACUUAGAUACUGGUGCAAGUAUUGGAUCUUGGUUAGUCUUCUUACAGUUUUCGAAAGGAUUGGAGACAUUACUGUAUCAUGGUUACCAUUAUACGGAGAGAUCAAAAUCGCUCUUCUUGUCUAUUUAUGGUACCCGAAAUCGCAGGGAAUCAUCUAUGUCUACGAGACGCUACUACGUCCUUACAUGUCAAGGCACCAAUCGGAUUUCGAUAAUCGUAUUUCGGUUUUAAAGAUUAGAGGACAUUCUGUAAUCAUUCAACUAUUGCAAUGUGGUUAUCACUGGACUCUCCAAAUCUUCAAGCAUCUGCAACAACAAUUCUCCAUUGAUAAGGUAUAA